UCACAUUUCUUCACCCCCGUCUCCCUGCUCCCGAAAGCCAUCACCAUUUUCCUCUUUCCUCCUCUCUCAUUCCCUCAAUCCCUCCUCCCACACUCCCAUUCUACCAGAGGCGCCAGGUCUCGCCAGUGGUCAAACUCCUGAGCGGCGGCGGUCGGUGCUAGGUUCAGAGUAGCAGCGGCGCUACUUCUUCCAGUUCCAGGAUUCCUUCGAGCAGCAGCGACCGGCGUGUAAGCUGAAGGUCGGGGACUCGUUCGAGCGGCAGCCACUUUCGGGAAAUAGCCUCCCUAUUUACAACCAACCUGUCUUAAGGGAUUCAACAGAUAUCGGAGUGUAGAAUGGGGGCAGUAACUAACUCUAAAGGUCUAGAAGCAUACCAUAAGGUUGACUGUUAGUUUGAAACUCUUGCCUGCUUAUUCUGAGUUUUUUUAAGAAAAAUGAAGGAAAAUCCUCUUUAAGUGGAGAAGUUCUGCUUUUCUCUUCGAUAUUAAUGCAAUCUACCUUAACAUUUUCAAGAAAAAAGCAUGAAAUUGUAGAACCGCUGCACCAAUUAUUUAACCAGAAAGUCUCCGCACUACACCUCAAGUUCUAUGUUUUAUGCUAAAUUUCUUUGUUCAACCAUCAAAUCACUCAAUCAAGCUCCCAUCACUGCUCGAGCUUUUUCUCUCUCCGUAACCGCUGCCAUUUCCACUCUUGUGCCCUCAUGGACCCAUUUCUCUAUUGACACCCACUCCAUCAUCUUGAGCUUAUGCUCCUCUGCCCAAUCAAUCAGUGAAGCCAAGCAAGCACAUGCUUUAGCUAUUCUCCAUGGCAAACUUGACCAUAGCAGUCACAUUUGUUGGGCUUUGAUGCUAUCCUAUGCCGCCUUCCAUGACUCUUUGACGUCUCGUCUGCUCUUCGAACAGAGCUCUCUAAAGGGUCACAGUGCCUUCUUGUGGAAUACCCUCAUAAGGGCAUACACCAUUGAUGGCUUUCAAUUUGAUGCAUUUGAGGUUUAUAACCAGAUGGUCUGCAAUGGCAUUCGUGCUGAUGAUCAUACAUUCCCAUUUAUUCUCAAGGUCUGUGCAGAUGUCUCUGCAAAUCAAAAGGGUAGGGAAAUUCAUGGUUCGAUCUUUAAGUUGGGUUUUGAUAGUGAUGUCUUUGUUGGGAAUACACUGUUGGCAUUUUAUGCUAAUUCAAUGAACCUAUUGGAUGCACAGAGGGUGUUUAAUGAAAUGCCUGAACGAGAUAUCGUGUCAUGGAAUUCUAUUAUUACGGCUUUUUCAGUGAAUGGAUGUUACUCAGGCGCGCUUCGUUGCUUUUUUGAACUGAAAUUGAUGGGCGGGCUGCAACCAAAUUCAGUUAGUGUUGUUAGUGUGCUGCCUGUUUGUGCUGGGCUUGAAGAUGAGGUGACGGCAAGUGUGAUCCAUGGGUAUGUGGUGAAGGCUGGUUUGGAUUCUCAGGUGAUUAUUUGCAAUGCAUUGGUUGAUACUUAUGGGAAAUGUGGGAAUUCAAAAGCCUCAAGGAAAAUUUUUGAUGAAAUGCUUGAUAAGAAUGCGGUUUCUUGGAAUGCGAUGAUCGCUUGUCUUGCUCAUAAAGGGCUAAAUAGGGAUGCCUUGGAUAUGUUUAGGUCCAUGGUAGCUGCAGAAGUGAAACCAGACUCUAUCACCUUUUCAAGUCUGUUACCGACAUUGGUUGAAUUGGAAUUUUUUGAUAUGGGGAAGGAACUUCAUGGGUAUAGUAUAAGGACAGGUAUGGAAUCUGAUAUUUUUGUUGCAAAUUCACUGAUUGAUAUGUAUGCCAAAUCAGGGUGUUCAAGGGAAGCAUCAAAUGUGUUUUAUAAGAUGGAUGCAAGGAAUGUUGUAACAUGGAAUGCAAUGGUGGCUAAUUUUGCUCAAAACAGGCUUGAGUUAGAUGCCAUGGGACUUGUAAGACAGAUGCAGGUCUUUGGUGAAUGCCCAAAUUCUAUUACAUUCACAAACGUUCUUCCUGCAUGUGCAAGAAUUGGGUUGCUUCCUCAUGGAAAGGAAAUCCAUGCAAAGUCAAUUCGCAUGGGGUCUGCCUCUGACUUAUUUGUCUCGAAUGCUCUAACUGAUAUGUAUGUCAAAUGUGGGUGCUUAACCUUGGCAAGAAAAGUCUUUGAGUUGUCCUUUAGAGAUGAAGUAUCUUACAAUAUACUAAUAGUAGGUUACUCUCUGAGUUCAGAUUGCUUAGAAUCUCUUCAUCUGUUCUUGGAAAUGAGGGUUACUGGUCUGAAGCAUGACACGGUUUCGUUUGUGGGUGUUCUCUCUGCUUGUGCAAAUUUAACUGCAAUCGAUAAAGGAAAGGAGAUCCACGGCAUGUGUGUGAGAAAGCAAUUGCACUCCCAUCUUUUUGUUGCCAAUUCAAUUUUGGAUUUGUACAUGAAAUGUGGAAGGAUAGACCUUGCUAGGUUGGUCUUCGAUGGUAUGUUGUGCAAGGAUGUAGCUUCAUGGAAUACUAUCAUUUUAGGUUAUGGAAUGGAGGGAAAAAUGGAUCUCGCAAUUGAUCUUUUUGAUGCAAUGAGAGAUAAUGAUGUUGAGUAUGAUUCCAUUUCUUACAUUGCAGUUUUAUCUGCAUGUAGCCAUGGUGGGAUGGUAGAGAAAGGGAGGAAGUACUUCGACCAGAUGUGCUCUCAAGGUAUAGAACCGUCACAGAUGCAUUACGCUUGUAUGGUUGAUCUUCUUGGGCGAGCUGGUCAUUUGGAAGAGGCUUCGGAGCUUAUCAGAAGUCUGCCAGUUGAACCAGAUGCCAAUAUAUGGGGUGCAUUGCUUGGGGCAUGCCGUUUCUCCGGUCAUAUAGAGUUGGCAAGGUGGGCAGCUGAGCAUUUGUUUGAACUGAAACCAGAGCAUUGUGGCUACUAUAUACUCCUUUCAAAUAUGUAUGCUGAAGCAGGGAACUGGGAUGAGGCAAAUAAGGUCCGGGAAUUGAUGAGGUCUAGGGGAGUGAAGAAAAACCCUGGGUGCAGUUGGGUAGAGACCCGUGACCAUGUCUACACUUUCAUGGUCGGAGAAAGAUUAGAAGCACCAGCAUCAUGGUUGUGGGCUGCUGAAUCUGGUUAAAAUUUAUGAUUAUCUGUCUCUUAUUGGAUGGAAGCUAUUUGAGGAAACUGAAAAUGAUGCCUUACCUGAUAGAGGCUGUUGUUUGGUAUGGCGAGAAAAGCUUGGGUUGCCAGUGUGAAGGUGAAGGUUUGAGUCUUGACAGCAGCUACUUUGUGCAAAAAAAUGUCAACCUCUGAUCUGAUUGGGGCUAUUGCUUGGUCUGAUGGUGAAAGCUAGAGCUGCCAGCAUGAAAAUGAAGAUUCGAGUAUCAAGGGUUGCCACUUUGUGCAAAAACACCAGAGAUAGGUACUGUUUCAGAUCUCUGUGUGUGUGUGUUUUGUGGGGGGGGGGGGGGGAUGGAUGGAAAAGGUUCUCUGAGCUCCCGGGGACAAUAGCCAUAGGACUGAAUAACAAUGAUGUACAAUGAAAUAGAAUCAGACCAGAAUUGAGUUGAAUUCCAAAACUUAACAUUUAACACAAUGAUAGUAAAGAGUUGGCUGCAGCAAUACUAUGAUCAAACAAACGUAAUAGUUGCUACAGCACAUGGUUGCUGAUCAUCCAAGACUUCAAUCUUCAGACAGCAGUCCUAAUGGCAGUAACAGAACUCCACGACAACAAUGAUUAUGCAGGGAAAAUAAAGGAACUAACCUGAUGGUAGCACCAACACAUGGUUGCUGAUCACCCAAGACUUCAAUCUUCAGACAGCAGUCCUAAUAGCAGUAACAGAACUCCACAAUAACAAUGAAUAUGCAAAGAAAAUAAAGGAAUGAAGGAAAAAGAAUGGAGAAGAAGGAAGGGAAGAGGGGUAUGCCUUUGCUUCACCACCAAAGCCUAGGAAGUUUCACCACUACCCAACCUAAAGCUCACCAUCUAAGGUUGCUGCAGGUUCACCAUAGUAGCAUGCAUCUAUUGAGUAGACAGGAGUGUCUAUGAGCCAAAAUUGUUGGAGGGCUGUUCCUUCACUUGUAUUUAUAAAAUAUGCGUAAUUUGUGGUACAAGAAUAGUAAGUCUUAGGCCAUAUUUGAUAACACUUGAUUAUUAAUUCUGCUGAUUCCUAUUCCAGGGGAAUAAAACAGGAGUGGAAUUUUGUUUCUCAAA